GGCGUCAGCAGCCUCGCCGCCCUGGGCCUGCUUGCGCCUAGGAGCCACUUCGGGGUUCGCGAGGGCUGCUUAGCGGGGCCGCCCCUGGAAGCCGGCGGGGCGGCACCCGCAACAAGGCCGCCCUAGCUCAGUCUUGCCCAGCCCGGCCGUGGGGCCGAAAGAACGCGGACCAGAAAUUUUGCGGUACGCCUGUAGCGGGGCCAUUACAGCCGUGCUCCGGAAGUGGCGGCGGACCGGCGUCCGGCCCUCCUGCAGUGAGGAGCCUCCCGCGGCCGGCGACGCCAUGGAUCCCGGCGCGGCCGAGCUGUAUGAUCAGGCCCUACUGGGUAUCCUGCAGCACGCGGGCAACGUCCAGGACUUCUUGCGUGUGCUCUUCGGCUUCCUCUACCGCAAGACCGACUUCUACCGCCUGCUGCGCCACCCGUCCGACCGCAUGGGCUUCCCCCCGGGGGCCGCGCAGGCGCUUGUGCUGCAGGUGACGCGCGGCGGGUGGGGACCGGACCCCGGGCUGGGGGCGGCGGGUCCGGGACCCGCGCGAGUUCUCCUCGGCUCCUGGCCUUGGUGCCCCUCGGCGCGGCCGCGGGUAUUCAAAACCUUUGAUGAGAUGGCCCGUCAGGAUGAUGAGAAGAGGAGAAAGGAACUGGAAGAGAAAGUCCGGAAGAAGGAGGAAAAGGAGGCCACCGCCGCUGCGGCCGAGCUGGAGCCAGUCCCAGCGCCAGUUCAGGAGGUGGAGAUCGACUCCACCACAGACUCGGACAGGCCUCGGGGGCCUCUGGGCCCACAGGGCACUGUGCAGGAGGCAGCCCGCAGCUCAGAGGAGGCAGAGCUGCCGGGAGCGCCAGCUGCUGUGCCUGAAGCCCCGAGGGGACCACUGGUUCUUCCCGGGGGACAGGAGCAGUUCCAGAGGAACCCCGACAGCUAUAACGGUGCCGUGCGUGAGAACUACACGUGGUCGCAGGACUACACUGACCUGGAACUUAAGGUGCCAGUGCCCCAGCAUGUGGUGAAGGGCAGGCAGGUCUCUGUGGCCCUCAGUAGCAGCUUCAUCCGUGUGGCCGUGCUGGAAGCAGGAGGGGAGCACGUCCUCGUGGAGGGGAAACUCACCCACAAGAUCAACACCGAGAGUUCCCUCUGGAGCCUUGAGCCUGGGAAGUGCAUCUUGGUGAGCCUGAGCAAGGUGGGCGAGUACUGGUGGAGUGCCAUCCUGGAGGGUGAAGAGCAUAUUGACAUCAACCAGAUCAACAAGGAGCGCUCCAUGGCCACAGUGGGGGAAGAGGAGCAUGCCGUGCUGGACAGGCUCACCUUCGACUACCGCCAGAAGCUACAGGGCAAGCCUCAGAGCCAUGAGCUGAAAGUCCAUGAGAUGCUGAAGAAGGGCUGGGACGCUGAAGGCUCUCCCUUCCGAGGCCAGCGCUUUGACCCGGCCAUGUUCAACAUCUCCCCGGGGGCCGUGCAGUUUUAAUGACUGCAUGUGUGAGAAGGAGGCCACACCAGCGGGGAGGUGGGGCCUGCUGUCCCUUGGCUCCCUCCUGCCAGGGACUCACUCAUCUCUGUACCCUUCCUUCCAAGGUGGACCCAGCCUGCUGGCCCUGUACCCCCAGAUAGUCCCUUGUCCCUGGGCAGAGCGGGCAGGCCCCUGCCACCUUCAGCUGCUGCACUGUCUGCUUGCUUGUCUUAUGCUGGGGGUGGGUAGUGGGCACUCAGGGCAGUUUGGGAGGCCCCAGCUGAGCUCAGGUGGAGCAGCAGAGACUGGGGGCCUGGCAGCCACUCCUGGGUGCAGGGAGCAGGGCCCGUCUGUCCUCUGACCGGCUGCUCCGCUCCCACCUGAUCCCCACGGGAUCAAGGCUGUGGCUUAUGGACAGCCCCCCAGAGGCAUGCAGCAGCCCAUCCCACUCUGGCUGAGCCCAGGCCGGGCUGCAUGGAGCUUGCAGCUCUGCUCUACAGAACCAAAACCCCUGUCCUUCUGGCCCAGGCCUGUUGCCAGGACCGAGCAGCUGACCUGCCUGUAGUCACCUUGCAGUCUGUACCUGAGAACCAGCGGUUGUGGGCUCUGCUGGCUGGGGGUGGUCCCUGCAGAGACAUCACCUUCUCCUGAGUAGGUGGAGGCUGCUUAUCACAGUUGUGUGGGGCAGGUUUCUGGCUCACAUGGCAGUUGUCAGUCCUGUGAGAAGUACCCCUAGGUCCCUAGGAAGGAUUUGGUUACCAUGAUGCCACUGAGGGAGGUGCAGAUGCUGGCAACUGGUGGGAGCCCAUGGCGGGCAAAGAGCUUGCUGUCUGUAGUCUUCACGGAGCAGCCAAGCCCUCCUCAGGGCCCCCAGGACUUGCACACCCAUUCACGUGUCAGUGGGUCUCGUGGUGCACGUCUGUGAGACCCAUCCUGAUGUGUCUGACCCAUCCCCUGGCCGCCUGUGGGGUUCUCCCUGAGUGAUAAGGUGUGGGGUACACUCUGGGUCAGUUGUCUACCCACCAGGGUGGCUGCACCCCAGCUCAGGUCUGACUGUGGACAUCACUGUUGGCCUGGGCCCUGGAGCUGGCGCACUCUGCCUGUUUUCUCUCUCCAGACGCAGCAGCAGAAUGUCUCUGACCCAGUCACUGAGGCCAAGGACAGCCGGGUGCCAGCUGUAAAGUCACCCGUCUCUGGCAUUGGUUUGCAAUAAAUCUGUAUUCGAGCA